AUGCAGGUGGAAGAAAAUUUGCUGAAUGAAAACAAAAUACUUGCUUUAAAUGAAAAGAUUAACAAUUAUGAAGAUAUGCUAAUGGAAAAGUGUGAACAGGUAACUGUUUUAGAAACCAAGCUUUUAAUAGCAGAAAAGGAUUUAAAAUAUAGUUGUAAGAAGGUACGAAAAUUACAGACUAAUGUUAACAAGUUGACUGCUAAUCUGUUAGCUGCAAAGAAUGAUUCAAAACAGUAUAAAGAUACAAAUGAGUACCGGAAAUUGAAACGGAGAGGCAAGUAUCUAAAGGAAAAGGAAAACCGCAUAAACCAAAAGCUGGCUAAAUUUGAUACCGCACAUAAUAUUGAAAAACUAAACACUAACUUAAAAUCUGCUCCAAGUCAAUUAAGUAUGUAUAGAAAGCGAUGUAAAUUGUACAGUAACAAAAAAGUGCAGGCAAUGAAAGAACUGAAUCGGAUGAAAUGUCAGUGUGUUGAACUGGAGACUGAAAAUGUAUGUAUGGCUGAUGGGGAGAUGCAAACAAGAAGGAGCGAAACAAAUGGUCACUCUUUUACUGAGGACAUUGAGAAAUGUAUUAUGGAAUUGGUUGGGGAGCUGGGAUGUGCCGACAAACAAAUGCUCUAUGGUCAUUAA